AUGAGAAAACAAUACAUCAAAGAAAUUAAAUCAAUCUCAUCAGAAGAAGCAGGUUGGCACUUUGGACCGUCACACGCAACCACGCAACAGGUAGAGGACUUUAAUAUCGAGGAGAUGGGCAGAGAAAUGCAGUCUUGUGCACCCGCACUGUGGGAUUUACUUGGGUUUCUGCUCGGAGCUGAUAGUUCAUGCGAGGCAAAGGAUGCAGAUGCAGACAUCAUCAUGGAUGAAGCACAUGAUGGAUAUGACAGCUAUUGGGAUGAUUUAGAUGACAUAGAUCUUGAGGGUUUGAUCAAUGGGCUCUCUUCAGGCACUACCCCAGACGGCAACAAACAAACCGAGCGGCGCACAGCAAUUGUCAUGAUCUCAACCCAUACCCCUCAGAAAGUCAUCGACACACUCUCACGCAUUGGAAUCUCGAUAUCUACAGAUUCGAUCAACGCUGCUAUUCGUUCACUGUCAGCUGAAUCACAGAAUACUCUCCGAUCCAUAGGAAAAUCCCUCCUCGCCUCAUAUGCCUAUGAUAACUUCGAUGUCGACCUAAAGUCUCAAGUUCCUCAGGCCGAGAAAUCACACGAAUCAUUAAAGCACCUCACCUCCAGUUUGUUGUUUCCGUUGGAGCAUGGUGUCACCACGGAUGACUUAAAGUGCUUGGAGGAAUUGUGGAGACAGUCAGCGCUGAACCCCCGUGCACAGUUAUCCACGCUACCGCCAAAAAGAUUGUGGAAGGAUCUUUUGCAUAUCCACCCAGAAUCACGCAAUGAAUCCACGCCCCAACUCUCCCGACGUGAUCGGUUCAAUGCACGAAUGUUCUUGUCAGACUUGUGCGAACACGGGCCACUGUACUUUCAACAAUUUCGAUCUGAUAUCUCCGAGCCAGAAGCUGUCGAGGAGAUACCAUUAAUCAAGACACCAAUCACAGCUGCACGUGCUAUGGACGUGAAUAACUCAACUGUCAGUGGUAACAUUCGGGCAGUAGAGGAACUGCUGGCACAGGGCGGCAUCUACGAUCCCGAUGCAGACAUCCUCGACAAUCCUGACAUCUCGCAGUAUGUUAUAUUGGUUCAUGGUGACCUCGGAAUGGGAGAACGCCUGCAGUCAGCACAACUUCGACGGUCGUUAGAGUCGACUCCGUGGAAUCGAUUUCAGCACAUUAUCUUCAUUCCUGGAUUGUUCCACCUGAAGAUGGCAUGUGCUGAUGCUAUUUGGCGAACCUUCCUACAGCCGUUGUCAGCUCGAGAGGAUGAAACGAGCUUAAUGCGUGAUGUAACUCAACUUCGACCCAAGGAGACAGGAACGUAUUGCUCGAAGCCAGGCUUCCGGCGAACACACCAACUGAUAGGUCAUGCUGGCAUAUGUCGGCGGCUUGACUGUUGGCGAGCCCACAUAGCAGCGAUGGAUCCAAGUCACGCGAGCCUCGAGGCAUUUGCUGCCUCCGAACCGACCCUUGAUGAGUUGAAGAACACCGCAAAUGAGAUGGCAUUGAAAUAUGUUGCCAAUCACAAGCUGCUGCAGAUGUGCCGUAAGCCUCGAGAACAACGAGAUAUGCAACACGAAAAUGCACUCCUACUCAACAAAUAUUUCCUCCUCUACGAAGAGCUAUCUUACUCGAUGAACCGUGGAGAUAUUGGGCGUGUAGAGACGUGUAUUGUCGCAUGGAUUCCGAUCCUUAAGGCAACAGGAAAACAUAAGUACGCCACACACAUGACAAAUUUCUUAAUCAACACGCACUUUGUUUUUCCUGCUGGCCUUAAGCAUGCUAUGCGUUACCACAUCCUUGUCAACCCAAACGGAAAGGCAAUGAAGUGGCGAGCAGUUGAUUGGUGUGUUGAGCUAAACAACCUGUUUACUAAGGUGAAGGAUGGCGGGAAGGACUCAAACCACACGGUAGAACGAAUCUUCCUUGAAUCUCCUCUAGUCGAGGCCUAUCGAAACACUCAAGUCAUGGUGCAAAAAAAUUUCUUGCACGCCCACCUUACUACAAACCAUGCCGCUACAAAUAUGGUCAAAACGUUCAAAGGACUAUGUACGAAGAUGGCUGCCCAAUCCCCCCAUACUGUGGUGCUAGGUAGAAAAACCCGUUGCGAGAUCCCUGACCUCAUCGACAGAGGGAGGGAUAUGAUGGAAAAGGCAGCUCAUGGUGAUGAUGUAGAGAUGGAUGAUAAAGAAGAGGGAGCGGAAAUUGGGGACAUAUUAAUGGAGGUAUAG